AUAUAUAUAUAAUAUUUGGUAAAAUUAAUACGUGAAUUUCCAAAUUAGACGUUGAGCAAUUCUUAUUUGUAAAAAUAAUGUAUUUAAAAUGGAUCAACAAUGUUUUACAUCUUAAACGUGGCAAAUCAUUCUUAGAGGAGAGGCAAUCUUUUCUUCAAAUAUGUCCCACCUUAAAAUAUAGUAUCAAUUCAAAAAAAGAAGACGAAGAUGCCGAUGAUUGUGACAAGCCUUAUAAAUACUCAACAUCUAAAGCAGCAGCACAUCGUGCUAGAUAUACAAUUGACGGUAGAACUCGACCAAGUUAUGAAGGUGUAGUUAUAGGCUUAAGCUUAACUGUCUUUUUCAUAUACUUUGGUAUCUUGAGGGAAGAAAAUGAUAUUGAUGAAGCUAUGAUGAAAAAUAUCGACCCAACAAUUAUUCAACAAAUAUAUGGAAAACAAGCCGAAAAGUAUAAAACACGAAAUUGAAUAAACUAAUAGAAUCUAAUUCAGUUAACAAUGUUUAUUUUACAAUUAAGUAAUGUAUAUACACAUGUAUGUUCUUUGUUAAAUAAAGAUAUAAAUAGGAAAUUAUAA